AAGUUGCAGCAGCCACAAGCAGCAGCUUCUUGAAGUUGCUGCAACUAAGGCCAGAACUGAGCCAAACCAUGUUUGUGCUUACACAGCAUGGUCAGGAAGUUUGGAGAAUGAAACCCUUCAGUCCUGAGGUCUCCCCAGACCCACCCCGUGCCACUGCAGCCCACCUGCUUUACGUCUGUACCCUCUUCCUGACCUUGCUCAACUUGGCCCAAGGCUCCAGAGGUUCCAUGGUACCCAACAAGCCGUUCAUCACUGUUUGGAAUGCAGACACUUACUGGUGCCUGGAGAGUUGUGGAGUGGAUGUGGAUGUCAGUGUGUUUGACGUGAUUGCCAACAAGGAGCAGAGCUUUCAAGGCCUUAACAUGACAAUUUUCUACAGCUGGCAGUUGGGCACCUACCCCUACUAUACAUCCACCGGGGAAGCCGUAUGUGGUGGCCUGCCCCAGAAUGCCAGCCUGGUUACCCACCUUGCUCACGCAUUCCAGGACAUCAAGGCUGUCAUGCCUGAACCUGACUUCUCAGGACUGGCAGUCAUUGACUGGGAGGCAUGGCGCCCACGAUGGGCCUUCAACUGGGACAGCAAGGACAUUUAUCGACAGCGCUCGAUGGCACUUGUCCAGGCAGAACACCCUGACUGGCCGGAAACUUUAGUGGAGUCAGUAGCUCAGGACCAGUUCCAGGAAGCUGCACAGGCCUGGAUGGCGGGUACCCUCCAGCUGGGGCAGGUACUGCGUCCUCGUGGCCUCUGGGGCUACUAUGGCUUCCCUGACUGCUACAACUAUGACUUCCUAAGUUCCAAUUACACAGGCCAGUGCUCACCAAACAUCCGUGACCAGAAUGACCAGCUAGAGUGGUUAUGGAACCAGAGCUAUGCCCUCUAUCCCAGUAUCUACUUGCCUCCAGCACUGAUGGGCACAGGGAAAGCACAGUUGUAUGUUCGACACCGUGUACAAGAGGCGUUCCGUGUAGCUAGCGCUUCCAGAGACCCCAGGGUGCCCAUACUGCCCUACGUGCAGAUCUUCUAUGAAAUGACAGAUCAUCUUCUGUCCCUGGAGGAGCUGGAACAGAGCAUUGGGGAGAGCGCAGCUCAGGGAGCAGCAGGUGUGGUGGUCUGGGUGAGCUCAAAAAAUACAUCUACCAAGGAAUCAUGCCAGGUCAUUAAAGAGUAUAUGGAUUCCACACUUGGUCCUUUCAUCAUGAACGUGACCAGUGCAGCUCUCCUCUGCAGUGAAGCUCUGUGUUCCAGCCACGGUCGCUGUGCCCGCCGUCCCAGUUAUCCCGAGGCUCUGCUCACCCUCAAUCCAGCCAGUUUUUCCAUUCAGCUAACAAGUGAUGGCAGGCCCCCAAGCCUCAAUGGUACCCUCACACUUAACGAUCGGACAAAGAUGGCUAUGAGAUUCAAGUGUCGCUGCUACCGUGGAUGGCGUGGAAAGUGGUGUGAGAAGCAGGGUGGUGACAUUCCGGGCACGGAGGACUUAGGAGGAGGUACGCCGUCUCCGGGGAAGACUGCUGUGAGUCCUCCGUACGGUUGGGACCAGCGUAGGCAAACCGAGGAAUCGGAGCCAGAGACCGCGAGAUACCGAAUCGUGCGCAGGCUGGACGCGGACCAUCCCGGAACUCGGCUUUAA